CACUCUCACUCUCUCUCACUCUCUCUCUCUCUGUGUGCUAUUGGCGCGCCUGGUUGUGAUGAAGCCGAGACCCAGGGUCGGAAGAGCGUCCCAGACGACGUCAUCACUCCUCUUAAUUAUGGCUCACACAUGACAGGUUUACGUGGCUCUAGAAAAUAAAUCCCAGCACUAGUUGUUAUGUCUAACAGAGCUCUUCGCUAUCAUUGCUCCUGCGAUGGGCAGGUCUGAGAUCUGAGGUAUGUGUGUGUGUGUGUGUGUACAUGUGUGUAUGUGUCUGUGUCUGUUUUCAAGGUUCUCAACUCAGUUCGAAAUCAGAAGUGUCAGGGACUUCACAUAUGCUAUUGGAACCAGCAAGAGCAACAACAGCAACGCCACCAGCAGUGGAAAUGGGGGCAGCAACAGCAACACCACCAGCAGUUGAAGUUGUAGCAUCAAGAGCAACACCAGAAGCAGUGGAAAUGGUGGCAGCAACAACAGCAACAGCAGCUCCAGCAGCAGAAGCAGUGGAAGUGGUGGCAGCAACAACAGCAACAGCAGCUCCAGCAGCAGAAGGCAUUGUCGGCACAGCACACAACCCGUUUAAAAUGGGCAGAUUUGUAUGUGACAUUCAGCCCUGGAUCAACACGGUUGAUGCGGAUCAGCUGCGCAAUGCAGUGGUCGAACGAUGGCUCAUAACUGACAACAAAGUAGUCGACAGACUGAAGAGAAUCUUAUCAUCCAAGGAUGGGGGGCAAUCUGCCCAUAACGAGGAGCUUAUAAACCUGCUGACACCUGGCCGACUGGAAGCGUACCAAGCGCUGUGCGAUGUCAUUAAGAAACUUGGUUACGAGGACAAGAGCAAAGUUAUGCUCUCCAUUCUACCAGGACAACAAUUCCAGCCAACGGACACAGGUAACCCGUUUGACUUGAAAGACUUUGUGUGUGACAUUCAACUACGGCUGCAAAACGUCGACGCUGAUCGGCUGCAGAAGGCUGUAAUCGGGAAACGCCUCAUAACUGACAGUACAGUGAUUGAUAGACUGAAGAGAAUCUUAUCAUCCAAGGAUGGAGGACAGUCUGCCCAUAACGAGGAGCUUGUCAAGCUGCUCAGAGCUGGUGGACUUCAGUCCUAUCAUGAUCUCUGUAAUGCCAUUGAGGAACUUCGGUAUGUGGCCAUACACGAGGCUAUGCUCUCGAUUCUGCAAGAACAACAGCUACCGCUUCCUUGCACAGGUGGCAAGUCACUAUCAACGGAAUGUGAAGAUGUGGAUGAUGUACCUUCACAAGUACUACGUGUACAGAAACUACUCAAGGAUCGGUAUUACCGUGCCCAGGAUACCUUUGCUAGUGAAAUGCUCCCGGUUGGUGUGGCUCCAACCGUUGAACACGUUCAAGUUAACUUGGUGAUGCUGAACAAGUCCAGUCUGAGUAAGGAGUUCGAACAAGACAACUUCAUUGCAUCAAGCUAUGAUAUGUGGAGAGUUGAGCAUGCUUUCACUGAUGCUGGUGAGAAGAUGACAUCAGUUGAAUUAGGGUCCCUGGGUAACAACACGACAAAAGACAAUACAACACAACUAGGAGACACGCUGGGAACAAUGGCGGUAGCCAGUGCAGGAUGUGGCAAGACGUUUGUAUUUACCAAGGUUGCACCUCUACGAUGGGCGAUGGGCCAGCUGUGGAAACGCAAGAAACUGGUUGUGGCAAGGGAGUUACGUCGUAAAGAUGUGCGUGAUGCUGAAUCACUGAGUGAGCUGCUGUAUCUUAAAGGAAUCGGCAUCGAGGACAGUCAUGACCGCCAAGUAAUCUGUGAUUACGUACGUCAGCAUCCUGAUUGCCUAACGCUUAUCCUGGAUGGCUUGGAUGAGACCAACCUGUCUGAUUUGAGCAGCUUUCUUCAUCAGGUAAUAACUGGGGAUGAGCUACCGGGUGCUCAUAUUCUAGUCACAUCGCGGCCCUGUGCCGAUGCCUUCAGCCUGUCAGCAUUGCCUUUCUAUCGACAACAUGUCGAACUGGUUGGCUUCCGUCCAGAUGAUGUUAAAACCUAUAUCAACAAAGUCCUCCGACCAGAGAAGGCCAGCGAGCUCAUUACUGAAGUUGAACGUUCUUCAUAUCUGCGAGGGAUGAUGGCCACACCGUUCAUUGCGAAGGAAGUGUGCACCCAGUACCACUGUUCCAACCGCAUCCCGCGAUGCAUAGCCGAUCUAUUUGACCAGAUGAUCAUUCAGAUCCUUGAACGCAAAAGUGGGAACAGUUACAAGCAGUGGAGUUCAAUACCAAAGAAUAUCCGAAAGUUAGCGUUGGAGAUUGGAGAGUUUGCGUUCAGCAGGCUUGUGAGGAAGCAGCUGAUAUUCGAUGAGAGCGACAUCCAGCAGCAUUCACUCAGUGAAGAUGCAAUACUGCUUGGUCUUCUUGUGACUGAUGACGUGUCACUUUCCAGGGAGGAAAUCAGGCAGUAUCGCUUCAGCCACCUGACAGUUCAAGAAUACCUUGCUGCUCUGUAUCAAGUGCACCACAAGCCAAUGACUAACAGCAGGAUCACACGACUCGUUGAAUGUCUUGGUGGAGAAAGUGCGCACAUGAGAACGUUCUGGUUUCUGCUGUGUGCCCAGCUGGAAACUGUGCCCCAGGCUGACUGCUUGGUGUAUGCAUUGCUGACCAAGGAGAAAACAACAGAAUGGGAUGGGGACAUGAACGAGCUUGAUCUGCUUGAAUGGCAAAACUCAACUGCUAAAGCCACUCCGAACAGUCUUCUGCAGUCUCUGGGAAAUGUCAGUCCAGAGCUUCGUCAGCAUUGUGAGGAUAGUCUUGGUGGACAGUACAUGAAUACUGAUGGCUCAAGUCUACAGGGUGAUAUAAGUAAGUCACGUCAGAUUCUUGCAUACCUGUGCUACUCAGAGCUUGUUAACCACAAUCAGAAGAUGAACAAUUGCCAGAUGCAAUCUAUCAGAGCAUUACUUGCUUCCUAUGAACUCAAACUGAGGCAUUAUUCACAUCCAGCCGAACACCGUGCCAUUAAUACAGCACUGCAACAUCACCCUGAUGCUGUACAGAGUGUGAACGUGGAUGACUGGUCAUCAGACCACUCAGAUCAGUUCCCAUGCUCACUAGGUCAGUGUUGUGGAAUAAAAAUGCUGAACGUGGUUGGAGUGAAUGACACUGCAGUUUCUGAUACGAUUCAACAGUGCAUUCAGGCGUCUCAUGAAAGUCUACACUCACUGUACCUGGUCGACUGUACUGAUAAUAUCGUGGCCAACGUCAUUCCUGCCGUCUCAUCCUGUAAACAACUUGAGGACAUCGAAGUGGGUCGGUGCGAACCUACACCCAUUACUGGAGUUACCAUGGCGAAUGCACUGUCUGCUAUGACAAGUGUCACUUCUAUCACCAUGACGGAGAUAAAUGACCCGGGCAUUAGUGCCACCACCCUGUCAACAUUAAAAAACCUAACAAACCUAUCUCUUUGGAACUGCGGCCUAACAGCAAGAUCACUACCUGCCAUUAUCAAUGCUCUACAGUGCUUGCCACAGCUGGAGGAGUUGGAUCUUCAGGGAAAUGACUUGAGUGACAUGAAUGCAGAUUAUGCUACCACCCUGCCUUUGGUCAGCCUGCAUCUCACGGACCUCCAACUUAGUGAGUGUCAGCUCACAGCAAGAUCACUACCUGCAAUUACUCAUAUUCUACUGUGCUGUUCACAGCUGCAGGAGUUGAACCUUAGUGGAAAUGACUUCAGCGACAUGACUGCAGGUGAUGCCACCACCCUGUUUGUGGUCAGCCUAUCAGCAUACAGCCAUCUCACAGAGCUGGAUAUCAGUGAUUGUGGCCUCACAGCAACAACACUACCUGCCAUUACUACUGGUAUACAGUGCUGGACACAGCUGGAUAGUUUGGACCUCGGUGGCAAUGACUUCCAGGAUGUCACUGCCAGCCAGGCUACAGACUUCAUUGCAGCUGUGAACAACCACACGAAUAUCUCUAAGCUCGCCCUGUUUUCUGAUGAAGAGAUGGAAUAUGAAGAGAUGGAAAAUGAGCACUACACCCGACUGCUAUCACCUCAGUCAUACCUCAAGGACUUGGAAAUUAAGGACUGUGUGGGUUCCGAUGACAGCAAUGACAGCAACAGCAGUAGCAGCUAUGACAGCAACAGCAGUAGCAGCCAUGACAGCAACUGCAGUAGCAGCUAAGACAGCAACAGCAGUAGCAGCUAGGACAGCAACAGUAGUUGCAGCUAUGACAGCAACAGCAGUAGCAGCUAGGACAGCAACAGUAGUAGCAGCUAUGACAGCAACAGUAGUAGCAGCUAUGACAGCAACAGCAAUAUCAGCUAGGACACUAACAGCAGUAGCAGCUAUGACAGCAACAGCAGUAGCAGCUAUGACAGCAACAGCAGUAGCAGCUAUGACAGCAACUGCUGUAGCAGCUAUAACAGCAACAGCAGUAGCAUCUAUGACAGCAACAGCAGUAUCUGUAGUGAUGACCGCAACAGCAGUAGCUGUAGUGGUGACACGGGUGAAAGAUAUAUCCGAAUUGAUGAUUACAUGAGCAGUGGAAGCCAUUACAGCAGCAGCAGCAGCAAUAUCAGCAACAGCGAUGACCACAGUACCAGUGGUCACAAUUGCAGCAACUGCAGUAGCAGCGGCAAAGGCACAGCAAGCAUGCAGUACUAGUACUGCCAACAACAAUAGCAGCAACAGCAGCAACAGCAGAAACAGCAACAGCAACAGCAACAGCAGCAACAGCAGAAACAGCAACAGCAGCAGCAGCAGAAACAGCAACAGCAGCAGAAGCAGCAGCAGCAGCAGAAGCAGCAGAAGCAGCAACAGCUGAAACAGCAGCAGCAGCAGCAGAAACAGCAACAGCAGCAGCAACAGCACCAGCAGCAGCAGCGGCAGCAACAGCAGCAACAACAGCAGCAACAAUAGCAGCAACAACAGAAAGGUGAACACAACAUUAGUAGACACAGCGGCGACAGUAGCAACGGAUAUGACUUCAGCUGCAGCGAUAGCAGCGGAUAUGACUUCAGCUCCAGCGAUAGCAGUGGAUAUGACUUCAGCAACAGCAGUAGCAGUGGAUGUGACUUCAGCAACAUUAGCAGCGGAUUUGACUUCAGCAACAGCAGUAGCAGCAGAUAUGACUUCAGCUGCAGCAGUUGCAGCGGAUAUGACUUCAACAACGGCUGAAGCUGCGAAUAUACCUUCGGCAACAGCUGUAGCAGCGGAUAUGUCUUCAACAACGGCUGAAGCUGCGAAUAUACCUUCGGCAACAGCUGUAGCAGCGGAUAUGUCUUCAGCAACAGCAAUAGCACUGGAUAUGUCUUCAGCAGCAGCAGUAGCAGCGGAUAUGACUUCAGCAACAGCAAUAGCAGCGGAUAUGACUUCAGCAGCAGCAGUAGCAUUUGAUAUGCCUUCGGCAACAGUAGCAGUAUCAGUGACCAUAGCAACAGCAGUACCAAAGGUGAAGGCAGCAACAGCUGUACCAGAGAUAACCAUAGCAACAACUGAAGCAGUGGUGAUGGCUGCAACACAGACAGUGGUAUCAACAACAGUGGUGGCGAUGCUCACUGCAAGUGUGUGAAUUCGUUGCCGACAUUUGGUGACAUGGGUAGCAACGUCAGAGAAGUGCAAAACCUGGACUUGAAAGAACUCGCAUUCUAUUUGCAACGUCUUCCCAGUCAAUACACAUCCGCAAACUCUCGAUGCCUUCAAGCAGGAGUUGUUCUCCGAGGCCGAGAAGCUCGUGCGAAUUACGUUUCCCGAGAAAGUGUUGGAUCUGGAUGCCCUGAUCAAGUCGAUUGAAGCAGAGUGCGGAGGCCGUCCGACGUGUCUGUAGGCAACCUUGACGUCACAGAAAGUGACGAUUCUGACUUGUUCAAGAUCGACAAUGCGGAGUUCUCCGUUGAGAAGACCAUGGCGUCGUUCGGUGAUCUACACGAGCACUCGAAGGCCACUGUCUCCCUAGAGCCGCCUGCAAAAGACGCUGCCCCUCUAAUGACGGAAACUCACACUC